AGCAAGAAGAAGAGCAGCUAAUAAAGAUACGGAUACAUCAACAACAACAGUCGGAAAUCCAUUGUUCCCCACAAAAUGAGACUUCGUUUGCAAGUCCUGGUGGCCCUGGUAACCUGCUCGUCCAUUACCGGCUCACUGGCCUACAAGCCGGUGGUCAUCCUCCAUGGAAUUCUAUCCGGAGCCGAAUCGAUGGCCUCUCUGGUCCGGGAAAUCAAAGAGUUUCAUCCUGGUACCAUCGUCUACAACUGCGACAAGUUCAGUGGAUGGUACAGCUUGGAGAACGCCUGGCGACAGGUCGAUCAGGUCAGGGAUUACCUCAACGAGGUGGGCAAACUGCAUCCAGAGGGCAUCAUUGUGCUGGGAUAUUCGCAAGGAGGCCUCUUGGCUCGGGCGGCCAUCCAAAGUCUGCCCGAGCACAAUGUGAAGACCUUUAUAUCUCUAUCCUCGCCACAGGCGGGGCAAUACGGCACUAGCUUCCUGCAUCUGAUAUUUCCCGAUUUGGCAGCCAAGACAGCCUUCGAGUUGUUCUACUCGCGCGUGGGACAGCACACCUCGGUUGGUGGCUACUGGAACGAUCCGCAGAGGCAGGAUCUCUAUCUGCAGUACAGCGAAUUCCUGCCACUGAUCAAUAAUGAGAAGAAGACCUCCAACUCCACUUCCUUCAAGAUGGGAAUGGUGCGGCUGAAUAAGUUGGUGAUGAUCGGCGGACCCAACGACGAUGUGAUUACACCGUGGCAAUCAAGCCACUUUGGGUACUUCGACGAAAAUAUGGAUGUGAUUCCUUUUAUUAGGCGACCGAUUUUCACCAGCGACUCCAUUGGCAUCAGGACGCUUCAGGAGGCCGGCAAGCUCAUCAUUGUGGUCAAACCCCAUGUUCAUCAUCUUGCCUGGCACACGCGAAGGGAUGUCAUCCACGAAGUGAUAUUUCCAUAUCUGGACUGAACAAAAAACCAAAACCAAAUAACUAAACUAAGCGAUCAAACGGCUGUGAUCGGAAAGACGGACAAAGGCUCACUCUCAUCAAUAAGAAUUAAUGUGAAGUUGCUGGCUCGGUAAUUAGGCUACAAACAUGAUCUUUUAUUGGUAACUAAGCUAUAUAUUUUUAAAACCGCCUGCGUCUUGCAGGAGAGAUUUUUACAAACUCAUAUACUACUUGUAAAUAGGCAAAUAAAGUGAAACUAGCUAUUUUUAAUUUGCAAUUUCA